AUGGUGAAUUAUUCACAGGUUUCAUAUUUGAACCUCACUGCCUACUUUGACACUGGGAUGUUAAAGUACUUCUAUUUCCUGAUCCUGUUGUGUUUGUAUGUUUUAAUAAUCCUGUCUAAUGUGUUUCUGAUUGUGCUUAUCUGUGUGAACAGGAGCUUACAUGAACCCAUGUACCUGUUUCUGUGCAGUCUGUUUGUGAAUGAACUGUUUGGUAGUACUGGGCUGUUUCCCCUCCUUCUGUUUCAGAUCCUCAAACACCUUCACACUGUUUUGGUUUCACUGUGUUUCCUACAAAUAUUCUGUGUUUAUUCUUAUGGAUGUAUAGAGUUUACUACUUUAGCCGUCAUGUCCUAUGACCGAUACCUGGCCAUCUGUCAUCCUCUGCAGUAUCACACACUUAUGACUUCGACUAAAGUAUCUGUACUUAUUACUCUAAUGUGGUGUUUCCCUUUUCUUGUGAUCACUGUUGCUUUUUCUCUAAGUUCACCUUUACAUCUGUGUGGAAACAUCAUCAACAAAGUCUACUGUGAUAAUUAUUCUAUCGUUAAACUGUCCUGUUCUGACACCACAUAUGACCGAUACCUGGCCAUCUGUCAUCCUCUGCAGUAUCACACACUUAUGACUUCGACUAAAAUGUCUGUACUUAUUACUCUAAUGUGGUGUUUCCCUUUUCUUGUGGUCGCUGUUGUUGUUCUAAGUUCACCUUUACAUCUGUGUGGAAACAUCAUCAACAAAGUCUACUGUAAUAAUUAUUUUAUUGUUAAACUGUCCUGUUCUGACACCAAAGUCAUUAACAUCUAUGAACUCAUUAUUGGUUUCAUUUCCAUGUGUGUUCCUGUCAUGUUAAUCGUUUACACCUACAUGAGGAUCCUUAAAGUGUGUUUUUCUGGAUCUAAACAGACCAGACAUAAAGCUGUCAGUACCUGUACACCUCACCUGGCUUCACUGAUAAACUUUGUUUUCGGAUGUGUUUUUGAUAUAAUAAGCAGCGGGUUGGACAUGAACCAUGUGCCACAUACGCUGAGAAUAUUUCUAUCAGUGCACUUUUUAAUUUGUCAACCAAUAUUUAACCCUCUGGUUUAUGGAUUAAAAAUGUCCAAAAUACGCAACACAUGUAAUAAUCUGCGUUCUGCUUAUGUCCAGGCGACACUUACUCGACCCCAUGGACCAAGUCUCCACAUCCAGAUCCACCUCGUGGUCAUCUCUGCCUCAGUGAUGUUAUUGAUGCCUCAGCUCCCUGCAAACCCAGAACAGAUGGUCAUCCUGGAGAUGUUUGGAGAAGAGGAGGUAACAUGA